AUGUGCGCGACCAGGGACCUCACAACUGGACCAAACAACCCUACUGCUACAUUCCACUACAGUGUUCCUCUGUGCUUUGACAUGAUGAAUUUACGCACCGCGUCCCCCUGGAUGAUGCUGUCCAUCCUCACGCUCCUCACGGUGUCUUCCGGAGCUCGCGACAAACCGCGGUCCAAGGAAGACUCGCAACGGAGUGGAACCGGACCAAGCCGCGGCAGGUUCACACUGAAGAACGGCAUGCACUGCACUUGGGCCACCCAAGACACCAGCAACGGUGUGAAGAUGUUGGUCAAAUGUGAGAACUCUCAGGCCCGCAUCUAUGGAGGAAUUACGGACGUACAGUGCGAGUACAACGCAAAACCUCAGAGCUGCCCGGCCUAUCAGUCCAACCCCAAGGCCUACUAUAAGCAGGUGUCCCGAGCGCUCAAAAGGCUGCAGGGAGCUCUGUGCUAUGAAGAGCGCGCGUUGGUAAAAGCAGGCAUGUGUAAGCGCGCACCCAGAGACGCGCACUUCAAACUGGACAGGAGUACUUCAAUCAGUUCGGCUCAGUCGGGUAUUGACCCCACUCCUAAGAGUUCCUCCACCACUAGCAGCACCACUACCACCACCACCAGAACAACCUCCCCAACCGCUCACGUCCCCAGUGGGACACCCGCGGACUGCAAGCGUCCCGCCGACCACCGUGAAGUGGCAAAGGAGUACUGCAACAGCUCGUGGGCCAGCCUGUGCGCUUUCUUCUUUUCCAUGUUACAGAGUGAAGAUUGUUAGCGGAAGACACAGGACAUGGACUGAGAGCACACCACUUUUAUAGGCUUAGUCCCUUUUUAUUAUUUUAUUUUUGGCAUAUCAAACUUUUCAUGGGUGCUAUAAUGAGGUCAUUUUAAAUUUCAUAUGCUCCACGUGGUUUCAGAAGAUCCUUCACUUUAAUACAGCAUGUAAGUCUGAAAGUACACAGCUCUACUUACUUGAAGGUAGUAGUUUUA